AGCAGCAGCAGCAGCAGCAUCGUCAACUCAGUCAUCGUCGUUGAAAGAAACGUAGUUGUCAUCAGGUGUAUUUGAGGCUGUGCUUCGGUUCCCGUCGUCUUGUCGGUCAUUUUUUGAUAUUGUUACGCGAUGUCAUCCAACGAGGACGUAGAGAUCAAAGGCGGGCAUCCUCCUGCGUUGAAAGUUGGUGGUGUACGCAUUGCCCAGAAAGCAAAAUUGGAAGAUGGAGUCGCAUCAAAGCCACGGAAGAACAGUGAAAAUGGUGAAGAUGAAUUUAAAAGUCCUCUCAAGGCACCAGUUAUGAUUCAGACGCAGGUUAUGGGGAAACCAGAACGAGACUUUCCUGUAGCAGCAGUAAAACACACACAUGAAAAGCCUGUUCCUACACACGAGACACGUACUGCUCAUAUUUCGAAGCCUUCUCAAAUCCAGCAACCAAGGAAAUAGAUUAUGGCAGCAUAGUACUUCACUCAAGAGCCUGUGGAAUUCUGUAUUAUUUUAAGAAAAAUUUUUUGUGAUGUUUGAAUGUGUCUUGGAUCAGCUGUAUUUUUAAGGAAUACUUGGUAAGUAAUAGAAGCAAUGAUGAUUUGAUGAAGUACAGUAAUGAACAUUACUAAUUAAGUAAGGAAUGAGGCAGUUGCUCUGAUAAUUUCACAGAAGUUAUUUUUCAUUGCUCACGAGAACAGAAAUAAGGGACGUACUAAUUUUGUGGUAAUUGGUUAGUGCCAUGGUACUUCAACCUAACAUUUAGGAAUUUUGCUGUUUUGUUAAGUAUUUGAUAACUAUCAAGGUUAGCUAUCAGUUAUGCAUUGUUUAUUUUGAGAAAUACAGACCACAGAGCUUUUUGUGACUGCAUGGGUCUUGUUUUCUGUAUAUUAUGGUAAAAUGGGUUUUCAAGGAUAUCUUCGUGGGGUUUGUAUAUAACUCGCUCAAAUCAUCAGGGGAUUACAUGUAAAGUUAGAUUGGUUCCAUAGGGCUUAAAAUUAAAAUGUUGCCAUUUGUUCAUGCUUUGUAUUUGGAAUAUAGUUGAAAUCUUUUAUGUCUGACAUUUACAUUGAAGUUAUGCAAAGUUAUAUUUAUAUAGUAUGUUUAGAAAUAUGCUGUGGGCAAGGAAACUCAUGUAGUUUGACAAUUUAACAUGGUUUGUAUUAAGGCUUGCAAUUGUUUUGCUUGAUUAGUAAUAGAGAUAUGGAAUUUUCAAGGUGGAAAAAGUUUUCUUUAGGUGUAGGAUGUUUUGAGAAUAUUUAAAAAGAUUUUAAUGAAAAUAAAACCAAAUAAAAAUUAGCAGAAGUUAAGGCUACAUAAAUAAGUACAGAAGUCAACUUACCUCCUUCAGCUUUUAUACUCUUUAAAUCAUCAUAAAAGUCUGAUGCUUACCAUGAAGUUCUUCUUUAGGUAAUGUUUAAAGUGUUAACAUUAGUGCAUUUUUCAUUACCUACCCACUCUGUUCUCAGUAGAAUUUAUCUGCAUAACACUAGCGAACAUAGAUAUUUUUGUUACCCAUUAAAGUGGCCUUUAGAUGAUACUUGUUAAAAUAUAAGAAUUAACAAAUAUAUGAUGUUGAGUUUUGACAGUUCAUAUAGUUAUAGGAAGUCACAACUGUCGAGUCUUAAGGCAGAAGAUUAUUCGCUUGCUAUGGACAAACUGAAAGUGGAAGACUUGAUUUGGUCUAUAUUUCUUUUACAUUUUAACAAGCCUUAAAAACUCAAGUAAGAAAUGUAUAAUUUGCUUAAUAGAAGUAUCACGUCACUGAAAAGUGAGAUAAAUUUAAAGUGCUUUUAAAUGCUCUGCUUUAAAUUUUUUUCUUUUGUUAAGUUGACAUUUCAUGUUUACUGGCGGAUAUUACUGGUUAAUGGCCUGAGAUCCAAGUUUAAGAUGUAAAAAAUUUAAUGAAGCUUUGCAAUUAUUCAGUUACGAAAUGGACAUCAGAGUACAAAUCUCUUUCAACUACAUAUAACAAAAGUUAUGAAAACUUUAGUAAUAGCAAUAUGUAUGUCUUUCAAAAAACAAAAGUAUUUGGUGCAGUUUUUUAUUUGGUGCAUGUAUCAGAUUGAAAAGUUGUCAGGGCCCUCAGUGUCAGUGGAUACUUAUGAGAUAGUGUUUCAGGUAUCAAUAAUUUAUUUCCCUUUGCAUAUGUGAUGAAUUAGAAGUAGAACUUGUACUUUUAUACUGGAAAGAAAUUCUUUGUGAUUAAAAAUCAGGUUUCAGUAACAAAUAGAAUAUAGGUGUUUUGGCCAUGAAUAAGUGCUCGUCUCUGAAAAUAUCGUUAUGUAAGGUGAGUGAAUGCUGUGAAAACUAGAGGUGAUGCAUAGACUGAAAGUACAUGCAGUUUAUAAUUAUGUCGUCUUUCACAGGGCACAAAAAAGGGAUAGUUCAUUGUCGGUGAGAUAGCUAAUUAUAUUUUAUCUGAAGAGCUAAGUAACUUGUAGGUAGUUCAGAAAAUAUGCAAAGCAAAUUUUCUCCGCUCUUAUUUUAAACUUAUUUUUUCAGUUAAGUUCAAGUUCCUCUACGUUAUACAGAAAAAUGUAUAUUCAUCUAGUAGCUCAAACUUGGGGAUUACACAGUAUGAAAGAUGAUAGUGAGUUCUUUAAGACUUGUGCCCUGGUGAAUGUUUGGGGGUAAAGCUUAAAUAUUUCCACCUUUAUACUGUACCUAUAAGCUUUAUAGUUGUUAAGAAUAGGUAAAUAUAAUGAAAAUUAUGAAAAGUUGCUUCCCUUUUUGGUUAGCAAGAACAAGAAAUGCCAUUAACAUUUGUGCUUCACAGAUUUCAGGUACUGGUACAUUGAAGCCUUACCAAAAUUUAAUUUGUACAAUGUGAAGUUUUAGUAUGUUCUUUUAAGUUCAUACUGCUUUCCAUGUAAAACAAGCAGUUUUGCUUGACAGUAGUUAAUUUACUUUCCACAAGAGGACCACGUUGGUAAAUUUCUUCAUAGCUUUAGCAUUCCAGUUUAUUAUUUGGGAUCAUAAAUGCAUUUCUACAUACAGCUUUCUUUGGGCUUUGUUAGAUUUCCAUAAAUGUAAAAAGGUUGUGGGUGUCAAUUUAAAUAAAUGGAUAAAUAAAAAAAAUCAGUAUAUUUUUAUACAUUAGUUGAAACCUACAAUACUUAUGGAUACUUCAGAGAAGAAAUUGUUCCUUGCAGUCUUGAGUAUGUAUCAGUAUUUUUUUUUAGUUUGGACCAAACAAAAUUACCCCUUUUUUAUUUUCUUAUGUUCCUGAAUGGCAGUAGUACUUAUAAGGUGAAGCAUAUUUGCAAUUGUGGACUAAGCAAUUCCCUUCAGUAGUUUCACUAAUGACUUUUGUAUGUGCAAUUUGCCUAGUCUGGCUUAUAUUAUUUGCUAGUCAUUAAUAAUUUUGUUUGGUUCAUUGCACCUGAGGAUGUCCAUAUUGGUUUUAGAAGUAGACAGGUUUUGAGAACAAUUUCCAGUUGUAGAUUAUUGUAGGGAACAUAAUUUGUUUAAAUUCUUAAGUUGGUUUCAAAAGAAUUGCCAAUGAACUUGUAAUGGAACUAAUAUGAUGGUUGUGGUAAUUAUUUCAUCAUUUCCUUUUGGUAGAGGUUGAGUUAGUGUAUUUUCCUAAAAGUAUUGUAGUAACUUAAAAAAUUGGGUAUAGAUAUUGGUACUAGAGCUGUGUGAUGAGUUUCUAUUUGGUUAAGAAUUUUUAUUCACUGGAAAUCGCUUUAUUAAAAUGCUAAAAAACA